UGUCAACAUAUUUAUGUCACGUUGCUUUUACAGCCAUCAAAACAAUAUUUAAAAUUAAUUUUAUUGUAAAUUACGAAAGCAUAUAUACAUACAACAAAAUUAUUUUCCAAUGUCUGAAAAUACGGAUUGUACAGAAUCGAAAAAGAAAAAGAAGAGACGUAAGAGACAUACGGUACCCGCAAAAACAAACGCGAGUUUUAUUUUGGCAAACGUUGUGGGGUCAAAUGAAAAUCUGAAUACAUCAAUGGAGUCAAUGAAGCUUCUUUCUCCUACUAGCGGCGCUUUGCAUACAGCAGUAAAUCGCAAAAAUGCGGGUCAAAAUUGGGAAACCCAAUUACAAAAAAAUUUAAAUCCUGAUACAAUAAACGAAGAUACGAAUGGAGAUGAUGCUGUUAAUGAAGAGAAACAGCAAGUGAGUACUUCAGCUCCCACCUUGUCCAAAGCUGCCCGUCUUCGUCAAAAACGGAAAGCAAAUCAGCUCAACAAGUACGUGGCUAUGGAUUGCGAAAUGGUUGGAAUUGGUUUGAACGGACAGGAAGAUAUGUUAGCCAGAGUGUCAAUAGUAAACAAACGAGGAGAAGUCCUAAUUGACAAAUUUGUCAAGCCAAGAGAAUCUGUUACGGAUUAUCGUACGAGUGUUUCUGGGAUUCGGUCUCACGAUAUUGAAAACGGAGAAGACUUUAGACAAGUGCAAGAAGAAGUUAUACAACUUCUACAAGGAAAAAUACUAGUUGGCCAUGCUAUACGAAACGACUUGGCAGUUUUACAUAUAAAACAUCCUUAUUCAAACAUUCGCGAUACAGCCAGAUAUAAACCUCUUUGCCGCUUAGUUGCAAAUGGACGUACACCUAGUCUUAAGCGGCUUACUUUGGUUAUCUUGGGACAAGAGAUACAAACGGGAGAGCACAACUCUGUAGAAGACGCUCGUGCUGCAAUGAAUAUAUACAAUCGAUUAAGCAGCGAAUGGGAAAAGUAUUUGAAGAAGCAUCAGCAUAGAAAACUGUGAAAUAACUACCCCCUCUUAAAUGACGUCGACCUUAUGAAUUUUGUUGUAGUAAGGUGGACAUAUCCUCAUGUCAUCAUUUUCUAUAAUUGUUUACAAUUAAAUUGUCAUGUUGCAUUUAUUUUUCAUUUAAAAAAAGGAGGUUUUGAUCAUUUUUUACAGGCAAGCGAGUGCUUAAAAUUUUCUUACGCCUUUUUAGUAUAAGAUUAAAAUACAUAUCGAAUUAGAAGAUGUUACCUUUUUUAA